CUUCAGUGACCGUUGGUUUAUAAACUGCGAUUGGUCGAUAUUAUGGCAUAAACUCGAUUAUCAUUGGCCAUAUAUUGUCCGGGAACGAGGAAAAUUGAGUCGUAAACGAGGCGCGUGCUUGAAAGAAAACGCAGGACUGAAAACAAGCGUGCACCUUUUCAGCACCGAUCCUCGUGGAUAGCGGUACAGGGCCAUUCCACCAAUUAAUCAGACCAGACAAGCGUGGGGAUACGAGCAGCAUUGGUUUCUUCGAUAAUCAUAGAGCUACCACAAUUGUGUUAUUCAGCCAAGCGGCUGCGGUGUUCACUGGAUAGUAGCUGUUGAGUUCCAUGAGCGGUGGAUUCGAAGCAAAACGGCACAAGCUUUGUUUGCCCUAAGGGCUGCAAGAGCAAGGAGUCAUAGCUAAUACUGCUACCAGUAUUGUUUUUAGAAGGGAAUAAUCUGUGGUGCUCAUUGUGAUUCAGCGGGUUCUUGGAUCGAAAGGGACCAGGAAUAACGGCCUGCAAAUGAAGGGAAGCAAGUGGAAAUCGAGUAAUUAAUCGACCAUUAAAAGAACAGCCUUAAUCGUGGUGUUUGAUUUUUUUAGCCACAUUGCUUGUUCGUGUAGCUGCACUCUAUUGUGUGAGCAUCUUUGUAUUAUUCGCGUCAAUCUCUGACUAGGAUCCCGCGCUCUCGUUCGCCCGCCCGCCACCCUCUCGGCCACAGCGGUGUGUAUUCGGUACUAUUUUCAAUCGGCACGACACAGUUUGAUAUAAAUAUGUGUUCUCGGGUUUGGUUUGUGACCGACCGGCGUAUCCACCAGGAGUAUCCGCAAGUCCAAAUCCUUCGGGCUCUGAAACAGCGAUGCGCCGAGGAGGAUGUUGAAUUCCGCUCUCUUCUCAUGGACCAAAUCGUGCUCACCAUCAGCGAGGGACAAUUAGGUCUGCGGGUGGAGCAGGAGGUGGUGACGUCCUACCCUCAGGUGGCGGUGGUGCGGGUGCCCACCCCCUGGGUGCAGUCGGACAGCGACAUCACGGUUCUGCGCCACCUGGAGAAGAUGGGCUGCAGGCUGGUCAACCGGCCCCAGGCUAUCCUCAACUGCGUCAACAAGUUCUGGACCUUCCAGGAGCUGGCCGGCCACGGGGUCCCCCUCCCGGACACCUUCUCUUACGGAGGACACGAGAACUUCCGCAAGAUGAUCGACGAGGCGGAACCACUGGGUUACCCCGUGGUGGUGAAGAACACUCGUGGUCACAGAGGAAAGGCAGUGUUCCUGGCCAGGGACAAGCACCACCUGGCUGACCUGAGCCACCUGAUUCGCCACGACGCUCCCUACCUCUUCCAGGAGUACGUGAAAGAGUCGCACGGUCGCGACGUCCGGGUGGUGCUGGUGGGCGGCCGUGUCAUCGGCUCCAUGCUGCGCUGCUCCACCGACGGACGCAUGCAGAGCAACUGCUCCCUGGGCGGCGUGGGGAUGAUGUGCCCGCUGAGCGAGCAGGGCAAGCAGCUGGCGGUGCAGGUGUCCAACAUCCUGGGCAUGGACGUGUGCGGCAUCGACCUGCUGCAGCUCAACGACGGCUCGUUCGUGGUGUGCGAGGCCAACGCCAACGUGGGCUUCAUCGCCUUCGACCAGGCGUGCGGCAUGGACGUGGCGGGCAUCGUGGCCGACCAUGCCCUCUCGCUGCUGCCCAGCCGCCUCACGCGCAAGAUGUCGCUGCUCUCGGUGGUGUCCAGCGCCAGCGAGACGAGCAGUGAGCCCGAGGUGUGCCCGGCAGUCAGCAGCGUGCUGCCCGAGGCUGUGUGCAACAUGAGCGUGGGCUCUACAUCUAGCGAGAGCGACCCCGAGCUGGCCGAUACCACCCCGCAGCCCCCGAGCCGCCAAGCUGGCCCCAGCCCGGUGCUACCCAACCUCCCCGACCCGGCCUACAACUUCAACACCCUCCUCGCCAACGAGAUCAAAUUAUUGACUGAGUGAGCUGGACACAGCCAAGGCACGCACGCACGCACACUCACACACACUCAAAGACACACAUACACAUACACACACACACACACACACACACACACACACACACACACACACACUUACAAACACACACCUGAACAUUUGGCGGUGGACAUUCCUGUUGCAGAUCACAAACACAAACUCCUAUACACGUUACACAGGCAGGAUGUUACAUGCAAAAGCAUGAGCUGAACAAACAAAAAUGUAAUGAAAAAUGCCAUGACCACAUAAACUGACAUGACGAACAGAUGUAGACGCACGCGCCUUCUCAUACUAACUCCCCCCCAUAAACACAUAGAGAUCUAAGGCUGCUCCCCUGACUCUUCUCUUCUCCCCCACUGCAAACAACCCAGUUAGUUUACAACUGCAGUUGGUGGCAGAAGUGGGAUCCAGAAGGUUAGCUGAUUUACAGAAUCUUUUUGUUUUCAAUUGCUUUGUGAGGGUGAGGUGAGCAAGAGUUUUUUUUGUUGGGAGAACCCUAAAGAGCGUUACAUACACCAGCACAUAGUCAUGGAAAUCUGUCCAUCCUAUUGAGCGAGCACACACUACAAAACUGUAUAUUGGAGAAUGAGAUUGAUGCGUGGUCGUCGUUGUAGAUCAACCACUGAGGACGUAGCCAGGCUUGAUUUACUGUUGGUGAAAUGAAUUGUUUUGCAUGGGAUUUUCACCAUGACUGGGAGAGGUACACACAGAGGACUAGACAGACUGCCCACCAGCUCCAUGUAGCAGAGGACAGACAGGUUACACUGUCACAGGGACUAUUAAGUGCAGAUUGGGGCCAAUUCCAUUUUCUACCUCAGUUAAUUCUGGAAAUGGGAUGAUUGAAAAUCAUCAAAUACAAAUCGUCAUCACAUUUCAUUUGCAUUAAAUUCAUGAAUUGUCUGGAAUCAAAAUGGAACUUACCCCCCCCCCCCCCCAACACUGACGAGGAACUCCUAAACACUGGAUCUAUGGUCUGACUUCCCUUCCCCUAAUUCUUAAUUGAAGAUGUCAGAACAUCUUAGAUCUCAUUCGAAUAACAAAACUGACCUAGGACCAUUGCUUAGGGGCACCUUGUAUAGUAACAACACUACACUAUUUCCUCUCAAGAGAAUGCAUCUAGAAACACAUAAGCGUAGGUCAAGCACAAUUGACCCAAAAUCGAGCCUACAGUCACUCUGUUUUCAAUUGCAUGUUUUUAGGGGCUUGUUUUUAUUUGCUUUUUUUUAAAGCUUUUUACAGGAACAAUAGUCAAACGGAAACUCUCUCUUAUGAGACACGGUUUAUUUUUCUUCAUUUUAUAGUUCUCGGGAAGAAAGUUGGAUCCGUCUAGGAACAGUGAGUUACAGUGCGGAAGCUGUCACUACACCUACAAGAAUAAUAUACCUCAAAACAGAACUUCUCACUGCCAUAGAAUAAACUACUUUGAGUCAUACAUAUCUGCCAGCAUCCUUGUGGUUUCAAGUGAGCCUUGACUUUACAAGCUUUGAUCCCUCCAUAGGACGUAAAUAUAGUCAAGUCAAUUUUUUGUAAAUAAUAAUUUUAGAAGCGUUCAUGCUUACUAGUAUCGGGCUGAUAUGAAAAUCCUAGGGGCUGAAAUAACUGUAAACUUUCUAAACUUAAACAUUUUGGUAAGCUAUUGUGUACAACAGAUUGGUUUGUACAGAACAUGCAAUGUCAAAAAUAAAGUUUUAACAAAGAACAUGCGUGCUAACAUUUCUGUGGAUUUGGCUAAAUGCGGUUUAUCAGCCUAAUGUUUUGGCUGAUGACAAAUUACUGUUUAUUCUUCUCAAGUGAGCUAAACUUCAUAAACUUGUUGUACAAAUAAAAUGCAAAACAAUACUAUCUUUUUUUACAGUGUGUUUGAUAGAAUGUUACCGUUUCAUUCCUCAAAAGGAAAACUUCUCCAGGGAUAUCUGUGGCCUAGAGCUUCUCUCUUGAGCUGUUGGUUAAUUGCGGUAAAUCUUCUACCACUCAGCCUUAAAAAAAGACCUAUCCACUACGUAUCAACUCUGGGGCAUCUGCCAUCAACCAAAAAGCAUUCGCAGCAAUCAUCCAAAGCACAAGCCACCCUACUUUGUGCCACUUAGUGACUAGCCAUUAUUGUUGAGGCCCAUAACUCAUAUGUAGAAGGCUUCUAUGUCAAACAGUUGACUCUCAAACAUAACUCAGGGAAGCAGCCUUGAUCUCAUCCCCACUCCUAAGGCAUGUGACAUAUCCAUCCUAGCUACAGAUCUGCCUAAAAUGUGUAUUGAUGACAAACAAAAAAAUAAAUGUUAAACUAUUAAAAAAUGUGGUGUACCAUGAAGGUUAACGUGCACUUUUUUUCCUUGCUUGUUUUAUGAUGUUCAGUGUUUUUUCCGCUAAUUUAUGGUAUUUUUUAAGGAAAAGAGUGGUUUGUGUGCACUAAUCUUGUCUCAAAUAAAGUGAGGCCGCUGUGAAGCUUGA